AUGAAUGAGAAGGAAUUGCGGACAUUCUGUAUGAAGUUGCUGGCAUGGUUGAACGCAAUUGUUCCGCACAGAAAGUUGGACCUUCGAAACGGCAUCUGGGAUAACGUGCAGUUAUACAAUGUUCCUAAGUUCGGCGGUUUCCAUGAGCGUCAACAAUCUCCUGUCAUUUUCGAACACAUUGCGGAGGUCGAGCAAUUCAGCCGGAUAGUGGAGAAGCUCCUCCGCGCCUUCGCCAUUCUUCUCGAGCUUCCAGAUGAGGACCAACUUGUCAAAGACCACCAGUACGACGUUGCCGACGAAAAACAGACAGUCGUUGAGCUGUAUAGCCCCGGUCACUCCAACCUGGGGACUGUGACUUUGCUUUUCGGGCAAGCUGUAGCUGCGCUUCAGUUACUGGACUCAGAGGGAGAAUGCGUUCAUCGCGUGCAUGCUCCACCAGCUGAUCAAACCCAUGUUGACCGGUUGGGGGUGCUUUAUGUUGCCUGGGAGUAUAACCGUGGAAGCCACAGCGUUCUUUGCUAG